AUGUUUCCUAUAGAUGCCGCACUGCUGCCAUCACUAGCUACACGGAAGGCUUUGCUCAUCGUGGACGCUCAGAAUGAUUUCCUCGCCGAAGAUGGAGCCUUGCCCAUCACAAUACCCAUGGACCUACCUCAGAAAAUUAGUGAUCUCGCCACCGAGUUUCGGAAGAACGGUGGCGAAACCAUAUGGGUGCAGAGCCAAUUUGAGCGUUCCCGGCCCGUAGAGGAGGAGCAGAUCAUGCUAUCAAACGUAUCGAGUCCUUCUGCAGGCGCAGCACAACCUCGAGGCCGUCGCUCGCGUACUACUCCCCCGGCAGCAGAGCCAGUUUUCUCUCCCGAGGCGUUCCUUACACCAGAUGCCAAAAAGGGGCCGACCUGCGUCAGGGCUGGCAUGCCAGGGACGGAGAUGCAUCCCAUUGUCAAGCAGGCGGUCGGGCCUAAGGAUUAUGUACUCACUAAGACGUUUUACUCGGCCUUCAGGGCAGAGGAGCUGUUGAGAAUACUUCGAGUCAAGUUGGUCACGGAGCUGUUUAUCUGUGGUUCACUGACAAACAUUGGUGUGAUGGCGACGGCAGUCGAUGCCGCCAGUUAUGGAUACAACAUUACCAUUGUCGAUGAUUGUUGUGGCGCGCAAAGCUUCUCUCGGUAUCGUGCAGCCCUUGGAAAUAUCACAACCACCACGGGCUGCGACACGCUCCCAGCCGCCCAGGUUUUAACCAUGAUGCGCCCGAAGCCGACUUCUUCUGAGCGGACGAACAAGCAGCGGCAUCAUCAUUCCCGCGGCGCUACAAGUGGUAGAUCUCCAAGCGUACGUCAUCGAAGAGGCAAAAACGAUGAUAUUGCACCGUCUGCCUCGGAUAUCCAACCGUCGUUUGAGAAAUUGUCACUAAGUGGUGAACCUGCAGCCACCGACGAACAUGCGCAUACGGUCAUCGCACCAUCGUCACCAUCACUAUCACCACAGCAGCAUCAGCGCCAGCGACAGCGACAGCCAGGGCCAGAGUCAAAAUCACAGCCACAAUCACAGCCAAAAUCAACGCUACAGUCCUUGGCAAGGCCUAACUACCCACAGACCAAAAACAGGACAGAUCGAGAUCCUGUAGCAGCAACUUCAAACAAGCAACCAUCACCAACAGCUAAUAAUGAUAAUAGUAAUCAUAGUAAUGACCAUGUUUCGGCCGCAGGAGCUGGGACUAGGAAAAGUAAAAAAUCCGAUGACAGCAGUCAUGAGUCAGUGAAACUAGACAAGGAAGACAACGAGGCGUCAAAUUCAAGUUCAAUCAAACCUAGCACGAUGACACCGCAAUUAGAUGCGCAAAGCUCACCGCUUUGCGAAGGUGACACAAAAGUCAUAUAUAACAUUCUCCCAGAGGACCUUUCUGAUACAAUGUUUGAGCGCAUCCACUCCGAGGUUGCUUGGAAGCGGAUGUCGCAUCAAGGUGGGGAAGUUCCUCGUCUUGUCGCCGUGCAGGGUCUGGUCGAGUCCGAUGGCAGCAAACCCGUCUACCGCCACCCGGCCGACGAAAGCCCACCUCUACAUCCCUUCACACCCGCUGUGGAUGCAGUCCGUGCUGUCGUCGAGAAGAAAUUAGGUCAUCCACUUAACCAUGUCCUCAUUCAGCUCUACCGUGCCGGUACAGACUAUAUCUCUGAACAUAGCGACAAGACCCUUGACAUUGCGCGGGGCAGCUUCAUCGCUAACGUCAGCCUUGGUGCGGAGCGCACCAUGACGUUGCGCACGAAGCGGGAACCCAAAUCUGCCAAGUCAAGUUCGGCAAAGAGUGAUGAGGAUCUGGGUGGUGAACCCAAGGUCGAGCGUGGGAAUGGAGAUGGAGACAGCCUCAAGCGACAAGUCCAGCGUGCCCGACUCCCACACAAUUCACUCUUCCAAAUGGGUUUGGCAACGAAUGAGCGUUGGCUGCACGGAAUUAAGCAAGACAAGCGAGCACCCCGCGACAAGGAGCCUGCGGAGCUCGCGUAUGAUGGUGCCCGCAUAUCGUUGACAUUCCGUCAGAUCGCUACAUUUCUGACUGGAGAUGAAGCGCGGAUAUGGGGACAAGGCGCGACAGCUAAGACACGUGAAAGUGCAAAGCCCGUCAUUAACGGAUUGUCGGAUAGUGCUAUCGCGAUGCUCAGGGCCUUCGGACGCGAAAACCGAGACACGGAGUUCGACUGGAAUGAACAUUAUGGCACCGGUUUUGAUGUUCUACACAUGACUGCUGCAAAAAGACUCUUCCUAUCUGGUGAUGCGGUGGUAAAUAUGCGCCUGCGUACCCUACUGGCUGAAUUAGGCGUUUCUUAUGCUACUGGCAGUUUGUCUGGAGGGGAUGAUCGCGGCACAGGCAACCAUGCCGUCGCCACUAGUACCUCUGGAAAUGAAGCCGCUAAAGAAGCUAAUACUGCCUCUGAUGUGCCAGUUAAGUUCGUGGAUAACGACGAGGGGAGGACGAUCAUAUCCGGGCAGCGGGAUAUCAUGCUAUACGUUGACAAGCUGCACGGCAAAAAGGAGACGCUGAAUGUGAAAGCUGUCGUUAGUGACAGAUUUGAGCAGGGUAUGGGGCUUCUAGAUCUAUGGCGGUCUUCUUCCCCAAAUCCUCUCCCGUCCGCGCCAAACAAAGAGACUAGAGAUGUAACAAGGAUAGCAAAGCUGCUGGCUCCUUGGGAAGAAUACGCCGCAGGGAGUGCCUUCAUUGCCGGCCCGGAACCAAGUCUAGCUGACUUUGCAUUCUGGCCCGUUCUACGUGAUAUUUUCUCUUUCAUACCAGGGGAUAACGGACGCGGGAUCAAGAAGGGGGCUCAUGGGGCUAUCCACUCCCAGCUCCCGCAUCUCUACGCGUACAAUGAUCGAAUGUGGGAGAGACAGACUAUCUCACAAAUCAUGGGCCGUUAG